GGAUUUAAGGAAUGAAAUUCUCACCUCUAAAAAGUGACAAGGUUCUGAGCAAGAAGCCCCCUACUCCUCACCUGCGAGUUGUGCCUGAUUAUCUGUUGGAUGCAACAACUAAAGAAGCCAACGAGAAAGUUAAGCUUGCGAGAGCUGCAAUGGGUAACAACAACCCUGGUCGCCGUGGAUUCAAGAAAGAUAAGGACCCCCUUAAGUCACUCAGUGCUCAGGGACCCAAGAAAGGAAGACGGGAAAGAAAAGAUGGCAGUGACAACCAUAAGCAAAAAAGAAACAAAGGUGAGAUACAAAACAAUGAGACAGAAAUGAUCAUAUCAUCAUCCUCAUGUGGACGGACUACUUGCGUCAAAUGGUGGCGGCAAGCAGAGAAGAUUGAGGUGCAAUCGUUAGAAGAGCUUCCAAAGCAGCUAUUCCUGGAAAUAUAUGAGCUUUCUCAAGCAAAGGAUGUCUACACAAAAUGCAUAUCGUCCAUGAUCUCUGGGGUUGUUCAUGGUCUCAAUGCAACUGUGUUUGCGUAUGGUUCUACCGGAAGUGGUAAAACAUAUACAAUGGUGGGGACACAAAAUGAUCCCGGGCUCAUGGUUCUCAGUUUGCAUACAAUAUUUGAUCUGAUAAAAAAGGACAAGAGCUCUGAUGAAUUUGAAGUUACCUGCUCCUAUCUUGAAGUCUAUAACGAAGUUAUCUAUGAUUUGCUUGAAAAGUCAUCCGGCCAUUUGGAACUUAGAGAGGAUCCAGAGCAAGGAAUCAUUGUUGCUGGCCUCAGGUGUAUAAAGGUUCAGUCAGCUGAUAAGAUCCUUGAACUCUUAAACGUGGGGAACAGCCGACGGAAAACUGAAAGCACGGAGGCUAAUGCAACAUCUUCUCGGUAG